AUGAAUAUCCCUCGCGGAAAUAAGCGUCGAACAAGUAUGCCAGUUGUCGCACGCCAACUUUCUACACUCUUACAUAACAGAAAGAAGCUUUGUAAACCUACUUUUACUUCCAGGCGAGUUACAGAAUCAUUACCAAGUUUAAAGAUUGAAGUGGUCAUUAAAAUUUAUUCAAAUUAUGGUAAUACUGACUUGAUUGGAUGUUCAUCAAUUGGAUUCUAUGCUUCUGGAAACGAAAGACUUAAAGUUCUGAAAUCAAAGCUGGAACCUUUUGAGGAUAAAGCCGAAAACCUUUGUCUUCUUACAUCUGGAAACCUAAUAAAGGGAAAGAAUGAUAAAAUGUGGCAAUUUUCAUGGCCACUUCCAAAUAACCUCCCAUUGAAACUCAAAUUUACUUUGGAUGGCAAGAGAGCUUUAGACUUUGUUAGAAUUUGGCCACCAGAAGAUCAAUCCCUUGCUUUUAAAGAUAUAGAAAUGAUUGUUAAUGGAAUAGUUGUCUAUAGAGGUCAGUUAGAAGCUACAUUGGGUGUUGAUAUCCCAACAAAGAAGGUUCCUCCAGCUACAAAACAGUUAUUUAUAGAGAGCAACUCGCUUACACCGAAGUUUGAUAAAUACGGUUUCAUGCCAAUACGUAAAACAAAGAAAAUCAGAUUUAUCUUUCUUAACUGUUACGACAAUGACGAAUUCUACACCAUACAAAACAUUACAUUAUACAAUGAGAAUAUGGAGAAAAUCAGUUCCGAACAUUUUCUGUUGUUUUCUGAAAAUUUUACAAUCGAAAAAAAUCCAGCUAUGAUUUUUGACGAAGCGAAGAAUACAGAGAAUGCAAAUUGGUACGGAAAGGCGAAUAACGGAAUCCCAUCAUUCGAAAUUGAAUUCAUACUUCCGACCAUAAUUGCAGCGAUAUCAAUUGGUAGCGUCACCAUUAAAAAUAUCAUUAUACAGAUUAAUGGUGAUAAUGUCUACUUCGGACGCUUGCCUCGUCCUGUUGAAGAUCCAAUUAACGAUAAAAUUGUUGAAAAGACAAUCCACCUGGUUGAUCAAUCUGAUACUCUUGCAGGGAAGCUUGACAUGAAAAGCUAA